AUGACAAAAUGUAUUCAUGUUCUUGGCUUUUUUAUUUUAGAGAGACGAAUUAUUGUUAGAGUGUACCUAUAUGAUUCAUCACAGAGGCAACGACCAACAGUGGGUGGUUGGACGGAGUAUGACGAACUGUGCCGUGGAUAUAUGCUGUAUUACCCAAGAAAACCAAUUGAAGGCUGUAUGAGCUGGAAUAAUUAUGAUAAACUCACGAGUACUGAUGGGCACAAGAUAAACGGAACUAACGUUUUCAGGACGCUUGUAAACACAAACUGGAAAGAUGACCGAAAGAUGAGAAACAUUCUAAGACAGACUUUAGAUAAAUCCUUGGAAAAUGCCCAAUGCUGGACAUCAUCCCCGAAAAGAGAAAUUUCCUAUGCAAUAGAUUUUUUCCGACAACCGAGAAUAACAAAAAUCUAUAAAGAACCACAAUCGUCGACUUGUCAGGGUGUGUAAAAAGAAAUGACAAAGAGGAAUGUUUAAACCAGACUUUCCUUUAGAUAACGCUAGGAAAGUUCCGCUGACUAGAAUUGAUUUUUUUUGUUUCAUUGUCUUUAAUGAUACUGCCUUUGAUUUCAAAAUAACCACCAGGUCAUAGUAUUUCAAAUUUAUAUCCUUCUUUAAACACUUAUUAUGAAAAGAACUAGCUUCAUAGAUAUGAUGUGACGUUUAUUUUUACAUUUUGACAUAGUUUUUGUUCCUUCUGUUAAAAAAAGAAAAACAAGAAGAAGAGAAAAGACAAAUGAAUCUUAAAAAACGAUGCAUCUUCUCCUGUGAGAGACAUAAUGAUGGCAUAAACAUGAAUAAUAAAUCAUCUGUAAAUGCGUUUUCCUACCAAAUAUAACUUUUUAUUGUAAAACGCCAUAAAGAUGAAUUCUAAAGUAAAGUACUUUCUGACAUUUUCUCACAUCAUCAAAAAGUCAUCACUGAAAUGGUGCUUAAGGUGACAUUAUGCCUAUCUAAGAGUAAAUUGUGAGUGUUCAGGUACAAUUGAAAGUAUGUUUUUAUUUUGUUACAUUUGUUAAACGUCACCUGAAUAAUCAAAAACCACAAUGACCCACAUGAAUAAAUAUCUAUUAAUAUAUUUCGGAAAUUAUUGGCAGUGCUCUAUUUAUAAAAAGGGAGAGGACCACUUCUUUAUACAUAAUAGUACAUUGUAUUAAGUCUGUUUUAUAUUUCAUCUUAAACAUUUGACAUUAUCAAAUAUUGUUCAAUCGCCAUUGUAAUAGUCAAUCUUUUAAAAUAUACAACUAUUUAAUCAGUUUGACAUUGAAAAAAAGAGCAUUAUGUCAUUUUGACUGUGUGUUCGACUUAAGUUUAAAAUAACAGCAUAAUAAAUAGUUUGAUUUCUUUUCAAUAUUUUUUCACAAGGUCAAAUGAAAGUCUUCAAUAAUUAUCACGGAGUUAUGACACAAAGAAAGGGAAAUCAAAUGUCGAAUAAAGAAGUGUGAUUGUAAUGAGUAAAUACAUGUAUGCUUUUCACUUCAUGUCAAUAAAUAUGUUAACGUUAAUUUUUCUUCAUUUUGACUGUGAUAGAGUGCUUCUUAACGCCUCAUUACGCUUCAUUAUGCCAUAUUACGCCUCAUUAUCAAUUAUCGUUACAUUCAUCUCCUCACUCAUGAAUAUUUAUUACCACAAUUCAUCUCAUUAUCAGUCCGUUAACGUAUGUAUGUAAAUAUAAACUAUGAUUAAGGAGUUAUUUUUAUAUAUACCUGAAAUAAAUGUUGAUAGUGACAGUCAUU